AUGGCUUCUGAAAACCACCCUUUCUACAGCAUCUGGGCGUCUGAGUCAAUCCGCGAGCGAUUGUUCGCGAACCUGAGCAAGUCGGAUAUUUGCUCAGUCCGGUUGGCCAAUUCGGCCUGCUGCAACCUUGUCACGCGCCGGCUGUUCCAGCGCGUGCAUCUCAGCUUCAACCCCAACAGCUUCACCAAACAGUCCCGGAUACAGGCCCUGGGCAGGAUCGGACAUCAUGUCGAGCACAUCAUUUUCUACCUUCCACACUCGGAUGCCACAUUCCUUCCGCCACUCAUCCACCCACAAACGGGAUCCGAGAUCUCGUACCUCUACACACCGCACACCUCCAUGACCAGCACGCUCACGAGACCCAAGUAUGGAAAUUCGGAACUGGGCGACAUUCUCACCCAGCAAUAUCCACCUCUCUUUCAUGCUUCGACAAACGUUCCUAGCUUCAUCCAUGCCAUGAAGAACCUGCCAAACAUGAGGCACCUGACUAUCAAGACACCUGGUCAGGACGCCAGGGAACGGUACAGGAGAGACAUUGUCGACUACGCCCUCAUCAGCCUGAGGAUAGCCAUCGAGCGCACACCGCAACUGACUAAAUUAAACAAGCUCUCGCUGUCCGGCGCGGCCCUGGCUUUGGUUGCUUCCCCACGCGGGGCCAAGCGAUGGCGCCAGAUCCGCAAGCUCCAUGUCUCGGUCGAGGCAUGGGAUUUCUAUGGCCCCAGCGGCCCGGGUCUGGACCAGCUGAAGAUUAUUGACGACUACCUGCGCAACUUCUCCGACUGCGUAGAAAAGCUCUCUUUCACCUGGACUGGCGCAAAGGGUCCUUGCCCCUUGGCCUUGGCGGAAGACGCGCUCUUUGACCCUCCAAGAGAGUGCAAGAAGCUUUUCAAUGAGGUCACGAGUCCCAUGAGCCCCUUGCCUGCCACUCCCGGUGUGAGGCAGCCCAUGCGCUUUACUCGCCUGAAGCACAUGCAGGUCAGAAAUGCAUCCAUGAGCGAGGCGCAAUUGAGGAGGCUUGUCGAAGGCCACAAGGCGACGGUGAAGGAGUUUGACUUUGAGAACGUGGUACUGCUCAAUGGCGGCAACUGGGAUGAGGCGCUUGCGCCUUUGAUGGCGCCCUCUGAGAAGAGCGGCAGGGCGCGAGCGAUACCUGGUCGAGAUACUCGUCCUGUCGAGAGCGUCAGGACGGUGGGUCCGAGGACACCCAGAACCCCACGCAGUCCAAGGACCCCAAGGACCCCGAAGAGCAGUGUUGCGCAGGAUGACGACGUUGCCGUCCGUCAUCCCAGCGCUGCUGUGGAAGCUGUGGGCAGGGAUCUGCUUGAUGAGAUUGAAGACGAGAUGGAAGCCUUUGUGGGCCUCAGCCGUAAUCCUUCCAAGGCGGACGUUUGUUACUUUGACAACAAGGAGGAGAUUAUUGUCGAGCUUGAUGAGGACCUCAGCGAAGAGCUCAGCCUCCAGAGAACACUCACCGCCAGUGACGAGCCCCACCGCCCGGUCACUGCUACCGCAAGCCAGGCAAGCCUGGAUACAGUGGGAGCCGAGGAGGCUUUCAGCGGCAAGUUGAAGAAGAAGCGCGUGCGCAGGAGAAUCCGCAAGCCCUGGCACCCCAAGCGCGAGGAUGGCGAGCAGUCGGAAGACGAGGAGGGCCAGGACUACUAUCCUCCUCGCUCAAACGAAGAGCUCAAGGAGAAGCACUCGCUCGCCAGCUUCCUCCACCACAAGCGCUCCGGCUCGUCAUCACACUCGAGCAAGAACAGGAACGUGCUCCGCCGUGCGCGCCAGUCGUCAGACCCGGGGCCAUACUCGUCCUGCCAGAUCAUGGACCCGAACACGUACGAGAUCCAGCUGCCAGAGGUACUUGGCUCUGAUGAUGAGACUCUCACUCUGAAGUCAAGCAAUGCCAGCCAGAGCCAGACUACUCUGAAGUCGAGCAACGCGAGCAUGAGUCAGACCACUUUGAAGUCCAGCAACGCCAGCCAGAGUCAGAUUCGACUGGUCAGGGCACCAUCGCACCCCUUGCCGCCCGUGCCGCUCAACAUCUCAGCGCCCAUGCCGGCGGAACAACUCCCUGUCCUGCUGCAGCCAGCGGUGUACAACCCGCAGGCGUCGACGACGUCGAUUCCGAUGCCUCCGGGCUCGCGGGGCAGCGGCGACAGUAGCAACUCGAUCAGCGCGCCGCUGAUGCACGCCAACGGGCAGGGCCACAACGUCAACGAUGGGCUGUCGGCGGUGCAGCGGAACCUGGAGCAGGAGGAGAUGCAGCUGCGGUUCGCCGAGGACGCCGAGGCGCGGGCCAACGCGCUGCAGAAGGCGCGCGAUGCGGUUCUCCGUAAGCUUGGAAAGCUGAAUGCGGCCAAUGCUAUGAACAAGAUCGACGAAGGACCGCGCCUGGAGCAGCACCCCGCGCUGGUGCGGACGAACAGCGGUGGGACCAUGCGGGAGCAGCCCCCGGCCGGCCCGCCCGACAACGGGAGCAAGACGCACCUGCGCAUCCGGGAGCUGCUCGGCGCCGGCACGAGGCAGAACAGCGCCGAGACGUACAAGACCAUCGAGUCCAGCAGCUCUCUGCUCGUGCCGCUCGUGUUCAGUGGCAACUAG